AAAGCUACAUAUAGAGUUACUCUUCCUUGCAACUCAGUGGCCUCUUUGUUGAUUGGCUUGGUCAUGAAGAGCUUACUCUUGGUCGUUGUGGUCCUUGUCUUGCUCUCCUAUGUUCCACCAGUUACAAGUGGACCGAAUAUAUUCAUAAGAAGAAUCUUUUCUACAUGCUGGCGAUUGAAAGGUGCUUGCAAGAAAAAAUGUGGAGGAAGUGAAAUAUAUCACAUACUUUGUGAUUCUGAACGUCUGUGCUGUAUAGUGAAAAAUGAUUUACCUAUAUUGGUUGGGAGAUAGUUAUGAGUAGCUGAAGGCUGAUUUGGUUUUGAGAACCCAGAUCCUUACUGGUUGCACCAUCCUGUUAAAAUGAUGGCUUUAGCCUAUCGGAGUUUUUUGUAUCUAUUGUGUUAUUCUUUACAGUAGCUCCUAGAAAA